AUGGCGAGCGGGAGUGAGACGUAUGAAGACCCAAAUCGGGUCGUGAUUCCCGUUGAUGACUCUAAAAGUGAUGGGGAUAAGGCCAGGUGGCCCGUGAACAAUACAGAUUCUCGAUGGAUUUAUCGAAUGCGUGACGACGAGAGUUGGCGCAUAGGCCUUGCCGAGAUGUGGGUAGAAAAGCAGAUGGGAAUUCAAGAGGAAGGUGUGACAUACAUCCUAGAAAAGCUUCCCAAGGGAUACGGUCUUAUGGAUCGCCCAAGAGGAACAGAUCAGAAGAUGCGGGAUAGCUUUCUCUUUGGACAUCCCAGUGGAAGAUACUUUCAGUCUCGGGUCACUUUCUUUCUUCACUUCUACUGGUUGAUGACCGAUCGAGCCCAACCGUGUGAGUGCAAGCUCUGUGCGAGAGUGCAGUCGAGCUCUAAGCCGCUCUCGGAAUUCAAACCAAGGAAACGCCGUACCAAGGCAGAAAUGGAGGCCGAUCGACUCAAAGCUUUGGGCAACGAGCAGGCUAUCGUGAGCCCGAAGCCCCCAUCUCGAGCCCCUCGAGCCCCUCGAGAUUUCCGAGACCCUCGAGACCUACCGGGGGAUGUGGAGGGCCCCGACUAUUGGAAAAUUCAUGUCAUGGACCUGAAGGAGAAAGGGACGAUUGAUGAGGAGAUCAACCACCCACUAAAUCUCGACUGGGUUCUGACCCAUGACUACCUCAAGGAUUAUUUCGUCCGCCUUCCCCUCCAACCUGCUUUUGUCCCUCGGGUUGGUGAGGUUGUGCUUUUCACCUACUCGCUUGAAGGCAGACUGGAAACAAACACCGAAACGAACAUUGUAGAGAUGCGCGCGGAGGAUGGCCGCUGGCUUGGUAUGCCGCAGUGGCGUGCGGGCGUUGUCACGCAAGUUUCUGAGGAAGAGUCUAGCUUUCUGGACAUUGUUCAAGAUACCAAGAAAAGGCAGCCAGUCUCCUAUUCAGGGUUUCGUGUGGAGACGCUUCCCGAUCCUCUGGCCGACGACAAGUCGUAUUCCCUGCACUACAGAUACGUCCCGCUCAAAUGCAUCAAGCCUUUCGGCUCUUUUGAGCGCUGGCUCUGGCCCACGCCCCGCGAGCAGCUGCACCCAUCUAUCGAAAACGCAAUGACCACUAUGGCGUCUUACAGCUUACUGCACAAAGUUCGGUUUCAAGGCACUUGGCCAAAUGCGCGAAUCAGCUGCAAGGGGAUCUACAUUGGACCGGAAUUGCUCGCUGUCAAGGACACGGUGCGCUUGAAGCCCUUUGGGAUGAAGGCCGAAGAUAUGGAAAGUAGUCAUGGCGAAUUGAAGCCCGGCCUUGAGCCUCCCACCAACGACGUGAUGGUCAUUGAGGCUAUCUGGCUGCAGCUCGAAGACUGUGACGCGGACCCCAAGAGCGAGCAGCUGGCCAGAAAGAUCGUUCCCUUCAUUGCUGGCAAGGUGUACACGCGCGAUCCUCAUCGGCUGAACCGAGUCAUGCCCUUUGAUCCGGAUCCACUGGAGAAACUCACCCCCCAGGAGGUCGACGAUGCGUUCCAACAGGUGGGGAUGCGUGUAUACGGCCGCUGGUAUCGUGUUGCAGCAGGAAAAAUUUGCGUUGUUACCCCCGGCAUGAUUCUGGGCCGAUGCUACGAACCGGAAGCCACGCACUUACACUUUGGGACCUUUGACCUGGACUAUGAUCUCCACGGUGUUCUCAGCGGUAGACGCUAUUCCGUUCAGGUAGACCCACGCAUUCCCGCCGGGCUGGAGUUUUUCUGGAGUGACAACCGGGUCGAGACUCUCGGUCUGGCCACCAUGAACGGUGUUGACGUUGGGCCAGCCGCUGACCAGCGUGAUGACCCUGUGCGCUGGCAGGCGAUCCUUCGUAUCCUCAGUGGUAGCACCUCCGAGUCCGAUUAUCGCUCCGCAGAUCUAGGGAUCGCCAAGAAUGGCCCGAGUCUCGGCCGUGCGCGCGCGAAGAAAACAUUCAGCGCAGUCAGCAAGAAUAGCAAGCUUGUCAGUACCGGGCUUGGUGCGGUGACGGAGAAUGAGGAUAGCGGCGAGGGCCCGGCCAACACGGCAGAUAGCGACCCAUCUGAGAUGGAUCUCUCAGAGAGUGAAUUGAUGGCCCCAAUUCCAUUCCGCGAGCAGAGCGAUGGCCCAGAGUAUCUGCCAUGA